AUGAGCGGAAACGGAACGGUCGAGGUAGCGGGAGUGGGUGAGGGCCUGCCCAUCGGUGCAGCUCCUCCUGCCCAUACCCCUGGUUUUGCCCAUGGACACGAGCACGGUCACAAGCACGGUCACGGCGGACAUGGACAUUCACAUGGUCAUAAACCAGCGGAGGAUGAGUGGAAUGGAGAGGAGUAUAUCGCCAAGCCAGGCGCCAAGGAGGUCGCGCUCUUAUCCGCCGAUAGCAUUUUCUAUGCGCUGCAGCAAACCGGGAUGUCAAGGGAGGACACCAAGCGAAUAGAUCUGCUCGAGGUUGGAUGCGGACCGGGAAUGGUGACCGAUAAUCUCGUCCCCCACUUCUCCUCCAUCCACGCUAUCGAUGUCUCCCCCUCUAUGCUCCUGACAUUCGCCUCUCGACACUCCAACCCCCACAUCACGCACUCUCUCCACUUCCUCUCGCCCUCGUCCCCGUCUGAAUUCCUCACGCCCCUCCUCUCCCCUCUGCCGGCCGAACAAGCCCGGCGACUCCAGCCUCCGCACGCCAAGUACGGGGUAGCAGUAGCCAACUUGGUACUGCAUCAUGUGGACGAUUGGGCGGGUAUGAUGGCUGGGGUACAGGGGCUGCUGGUGCCUGGGGGCUGGUUUGUAGGGACGGAAUUUGGGAGGGAGGAGGGCGAGAGGGAUAGAGUCAAGGAGGCGAGGGAGAUCGUGGCUGCGAAGAAGAGGGAAGCGGCUGGCGAGGGUGCGCAAAAGUAUAAGGGUGCUAAUCAGCUCCAGCCCGCAAGUCACGGUCAUCAUAUCCACCACAACGCCAUGACCCCUUCCGAAAUGUACACAAAGCUCAAGUCGCUCGGGUUUGACGAGGCGCAUGCGGAGAUCCGGGGCGAGCUCAAGCUAUGGCCAGAGGCGCCGGCGGUCCCUUGCUUGGUGUUCUGGGCGAGGACGGCGAAGGAGGAGUCAUAG